GCCUCCGGGGGAGGAGGCGCUGAGCGGGCCGGGCGCCGCCGCGGGAGGUUCUGGAAACGCCGGGAGCGGCGCGUGUCCAGACAUCCCUUUUGAAUCUGCGUUGUUUUUCCUCAGCAGCCGCGGAGACCUGUUAUAACUACUUAACUAAUUCAACAAACGGACCCUUCUGUGAGUCAGAAACUGUAAGGGGUUGCUAGCCCAGUGGGGCAGACUGACUGGAAGACCAAGAAAAUCCAGGCCCAGAGCAGUGUGGACCUGGAGAUUGAUUGCCCAAUUUCUGUCUUGUUUUCAUCUUCACGGUUCCUUAGACUGGACCUUCUUCCUCGCCAGAGAUCAGCUGGGCAGUGGGCUGCUUCAGGACUGCUGAUGUUCCUCCAAUACCCUCGGUGCCAAUGACUGGUAUAAAUUGUGCCUGGAGCUGCUGGGCUGCCCACUGACUUCUGUCAUCUCAUUCAAGCCUCACAACAGCCCUAUGAGAUUAUUGGUCCAGUGACUGUCACUGAAUACCUUGCAGACACUGCCCUCUGUGACCAUGAAACGCCGUGUGUCCACAUUGCUGGUGGCCUGGUUUAGUGUCCUGGGCUGCGUGCAUGCCGAGUUCUUUACCUCUAUCGGGCAUAUGACGGACCUGAUUUAUGCAGAGAAGGACCUGGUGCAGUCUCUGAAGGAGUACAUUCUUGAGGAGGAAGCCAAGCUCUCCAAGAUUAAGAGCUGGGCCAACAAAAUGGAAGCCCUGACCAGCAAGUCGGCUGCUGACCCCGAGGGCUACCUGGCCCACCCUGUGAAUGCCUACAAACUGGUGAAGCGGCUGAACACAGACUGGCCCGCACUGGAGGACCUGGUCCUGCAGGACUCGGCCGCAGGAACCAAGUACCAGGCAGUGAUGAGUGCAGACGACUGCUUUGGGAUGGGCCGCUCGGCCUACAAUGAAGGGGACUAUUACCACACGGUGCUGUGGAUGGAGCAGGUGCUGAAGCAGCUGGAUGCUGGGGAGGAGGCCACCACAACCAAGGCCCAGGUGCUGGACUACUUGAGCUAUGCCGUCUUCCAGCUGGGCGACCUGCACCGCGCCCUGGAGCUCACCCGCCGCCUGCUCUCCCUUGACCCGAGCCAUGAACGAGCUGGAGGGAAUCUGCGGUACUUUGAACGGUUGUUGGAGGAAGAAAGAGAAAAAAGGGUAUCAAAUCAGACAGAAGCUGAGCUAGCAAGCCAGGAAGGCAUCUAUGAGCGGCCUGUGGACUACCUGCCCGAGAGAGAUGUCUAUGAGAGCCUCUGUCGUGGGGAGGGUGUCAAACUGACUCUUCCUGGAACCAAGUACCAGGCAGUGAUGAGUGCAGACGACUGCUUUGGGAUGGGCCGCUCGGCCUACAAUGAAGGGGACUAUUACCACACGGUGCUGUGGAUGGAGCAGGUGCUGAAGCAGCUGGAUGCUGGGGAGGAGGCCACCACAACCAAGGCCCAGGUGCUGGACUACUUGAGCUAUGCCGUCUUCCAGCUGGGCGACCUGCACCGCGCCCUGGAGCUCACCCGCCGCCUGCUCUCCCUUGGUUUCAUUGCCAACCUCUCAGUACAGCGACAGUUCUUCCCCACUGAUGAGGAUGAAACGGGAGCCGCCAAGGCGCUGAUGAGGCUUCAGGACACAUACAAGCUGGACCCAGACACGAUUUCCAAAGGGGAACUUCCAGCAAGUCUGAUCCCAGUCUCUCCAGGAAAACACUCCAGGCAAAGAAGGAUAAAUCUGCCCUCUCUUCCUGCCUUCCAGCUUGCACGAGCCACUGUUCGUGAUCCCAAGACAGGUGUCCUCACUGUCGCCAGUUACAGGGUUUCAAAAAGCUCCUGGCUAGAGGAGAAUGAUGACCCGGUUGUGGCUCGACUGAAUCUUCGGAUGCAGCACAUCACAGGACUCACAGUAAAGACUGCAGAAUUAUUGCAGGUUGCUAAUUACGGGAUGGGAGGACAGUACGAGCCACAUUUCGACUUCUCUAGGAACGAUGAGCAAGAUGUUUUCAAGCAUUUAGGGACGGGGAAUCGUGUGGCCACGUUCUUAAACUAUAUGAGCGAUGUAGAAGCUGGUGGUGCCACCGUCUUUCCUGACCUGGGGGCUGCAAUUUGGCCGAAGAAGGGCACAGCAGUAUUCUGGUACAACCUCCUGAGGAGUGGGGAAGGUGACUACCGAACGAGACAUGCUGCCUGCCCCGUGCUUGUGGGCUGCAAGUGGGUCUCCAAUAAGUGGUUCCAUGAACGAGGACAGGAGUUCUUGAGGCCGUGUGGAUCAACAGAAGUUGACUGACAUCCUUUUCUUCCCUUCCUCUUCCUGGCCCCACAGCUCUUUGUCUUCAAGUUCAACAUGACAGACACGUUUGUAUGUUCCAGCCCAUCAGGCAGGUCUUCUGAGUAGCAAAUGUUUGUCUGGAACAGAGACAGCAGACAGGGGAGGGUCCUGGGUGACCUUGGUCCCAGCCUCUCUGGUCAGCCUGUGCCAUC